UGUUUUUUGCAAUGUUCAGAUGACGAGUUGCCCUCACUGCAACCGAAGAGUCUCGACGAAUUCACUCCGUUGUUGAAAAAUGUUAUACGUGCAAUACGACGCAUACAACUGCUCGUGGCUAGACGUAAAUUCAAAGAAGCACUCAAGCCAUACGACGUCAAGGAUGUGAUCGAGCAGUACUCAGCGGGUCAUGUCGAUCUACAAGCACGUGUCAAGUGUGUUCAACAGAGGUUAGAUCAAAUUGUGGGUAAGCCAAAAGAGGAAACGAAAGUAUCGUUGACACAUCGUGUGAUCGUUAUUGAGCGACAGAUGGAAAAGAUGGAUAAGAAAUUAGAUUUGUUGGUGGAGAUGUUAUUGGAUCAGAAAAAGCAGCACACAGGGAUAGGCAACAUCAACAAAUCGACACUGCUACCGUCAUUAACUCAGAGUGCUCGAGAAACACAACGUUCGAGCACUUUGGAUGAGACGAAAGUAUUACCGAGGAAGUCUUCGAUGGAGCUGAGGCAAAAUCGCCCGAUCAGAGCACCACUCCUACGACAACUCACAGCCACAAUGCCGUCUCGUCACAACCCCUUCCGCUCUUCAAGCGCUGAUCAUGAAUUGAUCACCAUUGAAAAUGAAGAUGUCGACGUGAAACGAUCGAUUGGAGCUGUUGCAUUACAGCUGCAAAAUAUCCCCAUGUCAUCCGGUAAUUUUGUUGAGCGUUUACCUCACUUUCAGUGUUGA